AUGGCAGAUUAUGCCGCGCGUGGCGCGGACUUCAUGAAGAAGGCUGACAAGAAACUGAACAGUUUUGGGCUCUUUUCAAGCUUCGGGAAUAAGUACGAGGAUGCCGCAGAGUUGCUGGAGAAGGCAGCGAACCACUUCAAGCUCGCAAAAUCCUGGAAUGAAGCUGGACAGGCUUUCGAGAAGUUGGCACAAGUCCAUCUUAAACAAGACAGCAGGCUCGAAGCUGCCUCAUCAUACGUGGAGGCAGCGAAAUGCUACCAGAAGACAGACAAGACAGGCGAGAUAAUUGCCUCAAUAGCCGUGGUCGAUGUUUUGAGGGCGCUCCACAAUGCCGUGGAGUACUAUACAGAGGCCGGCAGGCUGGGCAUGGCGGCGAAAAAUCUGAGGGAAGUGGCUGAAACGCUAGAGAAGCGAGGAUUGAAGGAGGAGGCCAUAGAAUUUUACACCCAGGCUGCUGACCUUUUUGCUGGGGAAGAGCAGACUUCGGAAGCAAACAAAUGCCGCUUGAAGGUUGCCCUAUUCUCUGCAGAACUGGAGAACUAUCCUUCGGCUAUUCAGAUAUAUGAGGACGUUGCUCGGUUGAGCAUGGACAACAACCUUCUGAAAUAUGCUGCAAAGGGUCACCUGCUGAACGCUGGCAUCUGCCGCCUUUGUGUGGGUGAUCAGAUGGCGAUGCAAUCUGCGCUGGAACGGUACGAGGACAUCGACUACACAUUCUCAGGAUCUCGGGAGGGCAAGCUGCUGAAGGAUUUGGUGGAGGCAUUUGAGGCAGGUGAUGCAGAGAAGUACACAGAUGCAAUCGCAGAGUUUGACAGCAUGACACGGCUGGAUGCCUGGAAGACAACACUGCUUCUUCGUGGCAAGAAGAGAUUGCAGUCGCAUGAUGACCAUGAUGAGCCUGAUCUCACUUGA